AUGAAUAAAUAUUCUCUAAGAUUCGACAAUCCUAAAAUGGAGGAACUAUAUUUUUAAGAUCAAUUUGAAGAAUUAUUUAAUUUUUAUACUUGGGCUUGUUGUUUAGGUACUAUAAGUGCUAUAUGUGUUUUUACUAUGGAAUUUAUUAUACCUUUUGGAUUUGGUGUUUGGAAAUACACAUUAAUUAUGAUCCCAUUAGGCUUUGUAUUGAGUCAUAGAUUAAUAAAAUAUUUACCCCAAUAUUUUAAUCCUGUUUUGGCAGCUAUGAACAUUUCAUUAGGUGGGUUAAUUUUCAUUUUGCUUUAUUUUUUCUCAGACUCCAACAUUUUGUUUUUAGCAGGUUAAACUGUUGUAAUGAUUCAAUACAGUUUACUUUUAGGCUCAAAUAUUGUAAUUAACAUUUUAGUUUUGUUGAUAAAUUAAAUAGGAUUGAUGAUAUUAAGUUCAAUAGUUUAAAAUUAUUUCAAUUCUUUAUAAUUAAUGUUUAUUUUAGCAUUGGCACUAGUACUAAAAGCCGUCUGGAGUAGCGAAAAGAUGAAAAGAUCAUUUUUUUUACUGAAGCAUUAAAACAUUCAACUACACAAAUAAUUAGAUAAUGUUUUUUAAUUAAAAAUAAUAAGAUGUAAAUUUGAUAAAAAAUUAAAUCAAUUAAAAUUAGUAAACAUCAAUAAAUAAGCAGAAAAAAUUAUUUAAGAUCAAAAAUAGUUUCUAUAAUUUAUUAGAUAAUAUUCUGUUGUGCUAUUAAGAUCGCUUUCAUAACCAUUCUAAGUUUUAACAUCAAGUUAACGUUUUAUGCAAAAAUCAUAAACCUUAGAAUAAAUCCUUUAUAAUAUGCUUGAAGGGGAAGAUAAAGAAAAGUCUUCAGAAAUUUAUUCAGAAAUUACUAAGAUUGCAUAUAGGAUAUGUAUUUAUAAAAUCAUAGAGAAAAAUUAAGUUCAAUUAAUUAUGUUGCUUCAAGAAGAUAAUGAAUAUUUAAAGAUAUUAAAAUUAAAUAAAGAGGUAAGUAAGAAAAAUCGUAAUUAAAGAUUAUUGAUGGCUUGCCUUGAAUAUGCAAAAAAAUCUUUACAUUUAAUAAAGUAUCUAUCUUCAGAAAUUGUUGAUAAAAACUAAAAAAUGCAUUCAAAUUCCAUAAUAAAUUUUAAAACAAUUAAAAUAAUCUAGAAUACUUAAGGUACACUAUUUAAAUCUAUUCAUGGUUAUUAUAAUGUUCUUAUACUUAAUAGUAUGCAUUAGAAAUUUUAGGAGACUUGUUAAUUUAAAAUAAUGAAAUUAUUAAAUGAUUUAUAGUAAUUAAGGUGUAUUUUUUGUAAUGUUAAAUAAUUACCAAUAUAUUUUGAAGGAGAUAAUAUAGAAUGCGAAUCAAAUUAUGUAUUAAGCUUGUAAUUGAUUUUGAAUAUACUUUAAGAAUUCUUUUUAGAUAAUCCAUAUAAAAGCAUUUUGAUUAAAGUAUGAUUUAAGUUAAUAUUAGACCGAAUUAUUAUAAUAUGAAUAAACAAAAGUGGUUAACUAUAAAAUACAUUUAUUUGUUAAUGAAAACUUAAAUUUAGAUAAUUCCAAAAAUAGAAUUAUUGCUAAUUAAUUUUACUAUCUCAAAAAAGUAAACAAGAAGAUUAUGAAAAUUAUUGGAUGGAAUAAUUAAAUCACUGUAAUCAAUGAAAAUAAUUAUUUGAUAAUUGAAUAUGAUCUUCUACAUUCUCUUAAAGAGUUUAAAGAAGCUAUAAAAAAGUGA